AUGACUUCGAGACUCCGCCGAGUGCGAGGCGUACAGGCGUUGCGUUUGCGUGUUCUUUCAAUGCCCGAGGAGCUUUCUUUUGACGGGAUUUGGUCGUCUGAAAAAAUGAAAAAGUUGGAUGUUGAACGCGUGGUUAUUAUUAGCAAUUUACCGAUGCCCCUACAAUAUGAACCACGAGAACAAGUCAUCGAAAUCAUUUUUCAAUUGAUCAGCUUGAAAUUUGAUCUUGAAAUUGGCGCCAUCGACCGUAUUAUCCGUUUCCCGUUGAUCGAUGGUGUUCUAGAUCAGGAGCUCGGUGUGAAGUGUUUGGUUUCAUUCUAUUCACAAGUGCAUCGAGAUCGUGUUAUCUCGCAAAAAAAUCGGCUUGACCCGCCAACAACAGUUGAUUCAAUCACUGAACCUCCGAAGGAGUUGAGCGGUGAAGCAGAAUUCGAAGCAAUAUCAGACUUUGAAAUGGCUGGUGAAUGUAACAGUAAUCCGGCUGAUACUGUUGUUGUUGAUGCCGGUAGCGGAGCUCCAAGUGCUAUAGGUACUGGUAUACCGAAUAUUCCAGUAGCUCCAGUGGCAUCAGAGCAAGAUGAUGUCGUUGUUAUACGUGAUGACGACGAUGCAUCGAGACCGAUAGUCGGCAAAGAUGGCAAAAACGGUUGGCCUAUUACUUUGCUUGCUGAAGUUAAGAAGCCAUUGAACAUUAUCGUUCCUAAAAAGAAAGAAGGGGAAAUUGCAAACGUCGUUCAAGAAACGGAUAUUGAAGUAGUUCUUGCCGUAGUAGAAAGUUUAAAGAAUAUAACGGUAAGAAGUUUGGGUGAAGAAACGGGUCCAGAUAAAUUAACUAACAAAAUGAUUAUGGCGGAAUAUUACAAAACACUGCCAGUUGAUUGGGAUGGUGCUCCGGAAUUUCAAUGGAGGCUGUGCAAGGAUGAGUCAGAUAGACGUGUGGUAAUUUUUGAAAAUGUGUUACCAGCAGAUAUGCACAAUCCUUGGUUUUACACUGCACUUUUACGUUGUAAACGAGUUAUUAUGGAGUUUCCGCUGUCAGCAGGGAAAAUUGAUGCAGAUUUUAAUCAUUUAUACGGGCGAAUUGAAGCAUAUUUUCAAAGUGAUCACCCCAUUGCAUAUUGUGCUGUAAACAAUCUCGUUCAUAUACGAACUGGUGCACAUCGAUUGAAAAUCUACUUACCACAAACAAAAUGGGUACGAAAAUAUAAGGAAAUAUUAGAAAGUCGUUUGGGUCGAAUGCGGGAACCGAUGGAAAGUAUGCGCUAUUUGAUCGUAAAACCUGUGAGUGAUGAAGUAACGGAGAAACAAAUCCGCGAAAUUUGUUUUAAAAACUAUCCGAUCGAAAGUAUACGCUUUGAAAAGGAUAUGUUAGGGCAACGUAUGGCUGUUUUGUUGUUUCCAACUGCUCGAGAAGCUGUGGCAGCUCAUUCUAAUAAUGAUUUUGUUUAUCUCGGUGCAAGAAAUGUGUCGAGUAAUUAUGUUAAAGUAUACUUCCCUAAUGUGGAUUUUCAUGGCUGGGAUCGGCUUAUUAUACCGACACCAGAAACUGAUAUGUACUGUUUGUUAACCUACAAAGAAUUCAUCUCUUACACGCAAUCCAAAAAAAUUGAACAGGAACAAGAAAAAUUAUCCAAAGCAUCGGUAACACCGGAAAUGAACCAGACCCGAGUCGAUGCUCUAAAAACAGCACAAGAUCAUAAGCGUUCAUUGGAAACGGAGCGGGAAAAAGAUAUUACCGAGAGCGGUGGUGGUAAUAGUACUGAUGAUGGUGCUGCACACGGUUGUGAGAGCAUCAAGCCUGCUGAGAAAAACGCUGGAUUGAGAAAUCUACAGUCGAAACCAACAUUUCCCAAAAAAGGUCAAUCCUCCGGCGAUGCGAAAAGAAUAGCAGAAGAUGAUGGAGGUGGACCAUCCCGAAAACGAAGGAGAGCAGGGCGAUACAGAAGACGACGAUGUAGUCGAUCCGAUUCAUUUCGAUCGAUUCCAUCCUAUUCAAUGCCACCAGCUCCACCGCGUUGGAGACGUCCACCACAGCCAGCUCCGUAUCCAUACGGCCCUGCUUUCGAUUCGUAUGGUUACGCAGAUGCCAGGCGAAGGAAACCACCGGGCAAAUUGCCCGUGAUGGACGUUGUCGUAACGGAUGUGGCUCCGCCUCCGCCACGUCCCACUGUUCCAUUGAGUGGUGCCAUGGAGCGUAGAAAAGAAAUGGAUUUGCAAGAGCAUAUUUUACGUCAACAAAAGGUUAUUGACGAUCUUGCGAAAAAGUUAUCUACACAAAAUACUGUACCUGAUUAUAUGAGACGUCCAGAAACAAAUGACCCGUACGCAAUUAUGCAAACACCAUCAACGUCAUCGUUAGCAGCAGGUAGCACGAGUAAAAUGCCAGCCUGGGUUACACCGUCGAUAUAUGCUCAAUCACAAGGUGGCAACUUCGCUGAAACAUAUGAAGCAUGGCGAUAA